UGUAAGAAAAGUGUGGUGCUAAGGCUUUGUUGUGUUUCUUUGUCUGUUAAAGGAAGAUCAGAGUGUUGCUUAGUAACCAAGGCAUCGUCUAAGUCGUUUAUGUGCCAAGAAACCGCUGGAUAUUCAACUAAGAAGAGGAAGAAAACGUAAAGUACCAGGUUGGAAAGGCCAGGUAUCGGAGGGUUGUGUUGAUCAUUGAUGUACCUAUGUUUGUUUGUGGUACUUACUCUGACAGCGUGGCCAGCACAGUCACUCUUACAGCACUACAGAUCUCAGGAAGUACCAGAAGAUCCCCCACCAGCCACCACCUGUCCUGUUGAAGGUUGCCCCCCUCCCCCUCCCAAGAUGUUCUCCAAACUCCUGCGUGCCAUCAUCAUGGGCCCCCCGGGGUCAGGGAAGGGAACCAUCUCUGGACGAAUCGUUCACGACUUCGGGAUGAAGCACCUGUCCAGUGGGGACCUUCUAAGAAUACAGAUUAUGAACAGCACAGCUGCUGGUUUGGAAGCGAAGAAGUUUAUUGACCAGGGUGCACUGGUGCCAGAUGAGGUCAUGGUUCAGCUCAUCCUCAACGAACUCAGGGAGAUAACCAACCACAGCUGGCUGCUGGAUGGUUUCCCCAGGACGGUGCCCCAGGCCGAGGCCCUGUCUGACAAACUGGACAUCGACGUUGUCAUGAACUUGGACGUGCCUUUCGAGACCAUCAAGCAGAGACUGACGGCGCGCUGGGUCCACCCCGGGAGUGGGAGGGUCUACAACCUGGACUGGAACCCUCCUCAGAUACCUGGUAAGGACGAUGUGACGGGAGAAGAGCUGAUCCAGAGAGACGACGACAAACCAGAGACCGUCACGGCCAGGCUCAGGAACUACGAGAACCAGACCAAACCACUUCUGCAGUUUUACAGUGCUGCUGGAAAGCUGGUAUCCUUCCACGGAACAGAGUCCAACAUCAUUUACCCCAAAGUCAAGGACUUUCUGGCCACAAAGAUCCCUGCAGUUGCAGACCAAUCACAAUCAGUGAAACAAUAGUGUAUCAAGAAUGUGACUGGGUGAUGCUGUGAUAGGAUCCUUCUGAUUGGUCAAAGUGUACUUAAUCUGAUUUGCUUGGUUACCAUGCAGUGAUUUUCUGAUUGUUGAAAUUAUUGUUUGUGGGGUAUAUGAAAGCAUAUUUCUCAGCAAUGCACCUUGUAUAGUAGCUACAUGGUGAAAUUUUAGUUUGAUCUCCAAAAGCACAAAAUUUAAUGUAUAUACAUGUAAAGGUAGCUAGUACCUGAUAGCUACUAUAACCAAUUCAGGAAAUGAUGUGAAAAUGCUUAUUUUUGACUGUGAUUCUUGUCAUAUGAUUUAUUUGUAUACCAAUCAUGUUUAACUCGUUAAUACAACUGAAGUAAUUCUGAUCAGAAAAUUGUAUCUGAGGUAACACUAGUUCACCUUUAUCCACGGGGAAUCCUUUAUCCAUUCUUUUAAACACAAUUUUUAUUUAGGGAUGGUUUCAAACUGCAAUAUUUUGAAAAUAUUGCAAUCUGAAACCAACAUCUGUCAACUUCAUGUCCCUAAAUACCCUGUUUGUUUGUUUGUUUGUUAAUUAGAUAUAGGUUACCCCUCAGAUAAAGGUGAACUAAUGUUAAAGACUUUACAAACUCAUUGAAAAUUUAAUGAAAGGUAAUACAGGUGUGAUACAAUGGUACUUCCCAUGUAUGGCUAUACUUCAGUGAAAUUGAAUUGCUAUGAUAACAAAAUGGGACAAAUAUGAUUUGAAAUAAGAACUGAUUAUGUCAUGGGGUACUUAAUACAUGUAUACAUAUGAAAAUUGGUCAAGAUAAUAUUCAGAAAUUCUACUAGUAUAAAAGGGAAUACAAACAAGUGAAAAUAGACCCUCCCACAUUCAUACUUUGUGGUUACAUUUUCUGGGGCCAAAUAUUUUUAUUAUAGGAUGUAUUUUGACUAUGACACUUUUCCAGGUUGAAUACAUGUACAUUUUGUACUUACAUCCAUAAAUGGCACAUGACAACAAUGACAGCAAUGCAUAAUAUUAUGCACUGUUAUGUGCAUCCAAAUUUGAUAAAUGUACAAACUUCUCUUACCAUAUCAUGAAGGGUGUUCAGGAAAUGUAAAAUAACUUUUGUUGUUUCUUGAUUUAUACUAAGAUUAAAGGGGCAUUCCACUCCAGACGGGACUGUUAUUUUCCGAUAGAUAUCAAUUGUAGAAGUGACAAAUAUAGGCUACGGAACAUUAUACGAUAGAGUACCCAUCAGCCCCACGCACAUCAAAAAGCAUUCAGUCUUCUACAAACUCCCCAAGGACCCUCUAAUUAGAUUAACCAACCUCAGCCUAUGGCUGAAUACAAUGUGCCUGACAAAGGCUGACUUAAGUUAGCUUACAAAGAGAUUUCUGGGGCGCUAAGAAAAACACGACUUGUUAUGUGUUCUUUGAUAUCCUGUGAACAAUUGAUCUUCUUGUUGUGCUAAGUGCCCCUCAUUUAUGCCACAAAUAUUCACGAUAAAGGAAGUGUCUACACGUAUAGGGAAUACAUGGGUAGGGUCUGCAUGGGUUUAGUGAGUGUCAUAUUGUUUUAUAAACACACGUUGCUUAAUUCGCCACAAGUGAAAUUCCACAAAAGGUCGGCUGAUCAUGUAUUCAUUGAUACACUAUCUAUUGGAAUUUCAAUAACACUCCCCUCUGCAGUGGAAUGCCCCUUUAACCAAUCUUAUUUCAACCUCCUUGGAUUAACUGACUUUAUGAAGACAGUAUAACAAGGGUUAACAGUAACCCUGUAACAUAUGUAUAGGAUUAGAUGUGCCUUAGUAAUAGUAACACACCUGUUAAUUUGAAGUUUUUAAUGUCUUUUGUAAGAAUCUUUAAUAAGAAAGUGGGAACAACUAUGAGAAGUUGUGGCACUGCUCUGCAGAACUUUUCACAGAAACUGAUAGAAAUGAACAACAUUACCUUUAUUUUGUAGCCAAAGUUCUGAUGUAAACUUACUACAACUGUACACAACAUAUAGAUGCGACUGAAACUCUGUAUUUGAUUUACUGUAAUGAGCCUAAUUGAUGUUUUGGUACUGAACAAAUAUUCAUUGUUUUAUGAUAAUGUCAAAAUGUGACAUUGCACUGUAAUGUUUAAUUUGCAUACUUAAUGCAAUUUUGAGCAUGAAUAUUCUCUCAUUGACUAUUUCUGUGCUAAGGAAAACACGUUCUAAUUAGGAAAUGAGAUUCUUCUCUGCCACUGUCAAUACUCCAAAUCAGUAUUUAUUCUCUAAGACAUGUUCAUCAAAAUGCCCAGUAAGUACAAUGGUGAACGAUUACGAUGCCAAGUCAAUGUAAUUCUAUUUUCAACUUCAUGUCAAACAUGGCCAGACAUGUGAAGACUUUUAUUGGGGAAAAUAAGUGACUUUGAUAUUUUAAUUGUGGCCCAAUUUGUGAGUGUGUGUGAACUAUAAUGAAUAAAAUGAACAUUCCCACACCAUGUACAUGUA